GGGAUCGCCGGCAUUGUUUUUUUUUCGCAUAAACGCAUCGAGAGGACGCUCGUGAAAAGCUGAAGUCGAAUUUUGCGCCAAUAAAACUGCUCAUUGCGUUACACACAUUCCGAAGGAUUGUUGGAGGACUUCCGUUUUUUCAAAAGUAACCCCGCAAGCGUAAACAACACAGAACCACGAUGGCGACGGCUAUGCCCAUCAACCCGAAGCCCUUCCUGAACGGGCUGACGGGCAAACCGGUGAUGAUCAAGCUAAAGUGGGGCCACGAGUACAAGGGUUUCCUGGUGUCGGUCGAUGGUUACAUGAACAUGCAACUAGCCAACACGGAAGAGUUUGUCGAUGGCCAAAACACGGGACACCUCGGCGAGGUGCUGAUCCGGUGUAACAACGUACUCUACAUACGCGGUAUCGACGAUGAGGACGAGGAAGGUGAAAUGCGGGACUGAUAGGGGGGUAUACCACGUGGGAAUAAACUCGUAAUGUAAAGAAACAA